AGCCAUUCCUUCCCUGCUGCAGGCACAGAGGCAUCUCUCGGCAGCGGGGACAAGCCGGUUGCAGGGGAGGCUAUUGCAGAAGAAGACUUGAAGCGGUUGCCUGAGUUCAACCCUCCUUCUUUCAUGCCUUAUGGGAACGUGGGCACCCCCCUGAAGGUUUUUAUGGAGCUGAUCCGGGCCUGCAGGCUGCCUCCCUGGAUUAUCAAGAAAUUGCAGCUGGAUUUUCCAAAGACAGGCUCAUCCCGUAGGUAUGGGAAUGUGCCUUUUGAAUACCAGGACACUGAGACAGUUAUAGAAGAAGAAAGAGUUUACACCGCUGCGGGGGAUGAGAUCACAGAGGAAGAGGGGCCCGUGGCAAGAUCUGAGGUGACUCACCCAGCCAGUGCUGAGGAAGAUGAGGAGGGGCAGGAGAAGGAGGAAGAGGAAUCGCACUCGGAUGAUGACAACGACACCUGUGAGGAAUGGGAGCGCCACGAGGCUCUGCACGAGGAUGUGACCAAGCAGGACCGUGUGGAGGAGAGGCUCUUUGAGGAGGAGAUUGAGCUGAAGUGGGAGAAAGGCGGCUCUGGCCUUGUCUUCUACACAGAUGCUCAGUACUGGCAGGAGGAGAAUGGAGACUUUGAUGAGCAGACUGCGGAUGACUGGGAUGUGGACAUGAGCAUCUACUAUGACAAAGAUGGAGGUGAUAAGGAUGCUCGGGACUCGGUCCAGAUGCGGCUGGAGCAGCGACUCCGGGAUGGUUUGGAGGAUGGGUCUGUUUCAAGGCAGCAGAUUGGUGCCUUUGAGAGACACACCAAGGGCUUUGGCAGGAAGGUGCUGGAGCAGCAGGGCUGGACAGAGGGGCUGGGGCUGGGGGCCAGCAACUCCGGAAUGGCUGAAGCUCUGGACAACGAGGGUCAGAACCCCAGAUGUAAGAGGGGGCUGGGGUACCACGGGGAGAAACUGCCAACUUUCAGCAGGGUGAAAAAGCCCCGGCAAGAUGGUCCCAUCCUCAUCUCCACCAUCUACGAUGACCCUGACCCAAAGGACAGUGGUGACCAGCUGCUCAGGUGCCAGCCACCCACUGCCAUGAAGUACAGGCAGGACAUGACGUUUGUCCGGGCAUCCCAUCGCGCUCUGCAGAGCUUCAGGGCCCAGUCAAGCUGAGCAGAGACUGUCACAGAGCCUUUGGGCUGGUUCGGCUCCUGCUGAGCACAGGCUGGCUCCUGGUCUCAGGUUUGGAGCAGGGUGUUUUUAUAUUUAUUUUUAGAAGAACUACAGACUUGUAACAAA